UUCUGUCAGGAAACGUUUCAAUCCGCAGAACACUCACUGCUAAUAACUUAGUUAAUUAGUGCUAAGGGUGAUAUUGGGGUUUACUACUGUUUACACAGAACCUGAAGACCUUAAUCUCGAGUCAGUUAGUUCCAGUUGCUUAGUUAUCUUAGAAAAACGUGAGAUCGUAGCACACUAAACACAGGAAGAUUCUUUGUCUUGUGUAAAAUCACACAAGAAGGCUCCGCAAUGGCAGGAGCAGUCAGUCUGGAGCUAGACCCCGUGUUUCUGAAGGGACUGAGCUACCUUCACUCCAAGAGCAAAGACUCAGUGGAGAAGCUGAAGGCCCUGCUGGAGGAGUCUGUAGCCAGGGGCGGCGACUCCAUCUGUAGGACCUCUCUGAAGGAAGCCGAGGCGAGCAAGCUGUCAUUACCAAAGAUGACCAAACAAGACUCCAAAUCCUCCUCUAGCUCUUCAUCCUCCUCCUCCUCCUCCUCCAGCAGCAGCAGCAUCAGUAAACCCAGCAGCUCGGAGAAGACCAAGAAAGAGGGCGAGAAGAGAUCUUUGGAAAAGAUUCGGGUUGGUCCUGGGGAAGGAGCCGAGGCGCCUAAAAAACCUCGUGUGGAGAAGCCAGACAGUCAUUGCUCUCCCAUUGCUUUUCAAACCAAGGAUAUCCCCAUCCCAGACUUCACGGACAUUGAGGAAACCAAUGCUGACGACUUUGCCAUGGAGAUGGGCCUUGCUUGUGUGGUUUGUCGACAAAUGACAGUCACGUCUGGCAAUCAGCUAGUGGAGUGUCAGGAGUGUCAUAAUCUGUAUCAUCAGGAGUGUCACAAACCUCAGGUUACUGACAAGGAUGUCAAUGACCCACGGCUGGUGUGGUACUGUGCUCGAUGCACCAGGCAAAUGAAACGGAUGGCCCAAAAGACCCAGAAAGCUCCACAGAAACCAGCUCCUGCUUUGGCAACAGCAGCACCUAUGUUGAAAGAUCCUCUAGUGAAGAAAGCUGAAUUAAAGCCCAAACCGGAAACAACCGGUUCAUUCCAGGCCUUUAAGAGAACGGAGGUGAAGGCGUCUGUGGCAUCAGGAAACUCUUCCAGCAGUGGCUCGUCUUUGCCCUCAGGCCUUACAGGAUGGGCUGCCUUUACCAAGACCUCAAACGUAGGACCUUCCAGUACCAAGUUGAGCACCAGUCAGCCAAGCAGCAGUAAACCAGCCCCACCUCCCUCCGGCUCCAAACCCGUGGGACUCUCUGCGCUGACCGGUGUUAAACCAGGUCUGGCCACUAAACCUCCAGGAGGCAGCAGUGCUGGAAACACAGCGGUAAUGAAACCACCUCCUCCUCUCACACUCGGCAAGCAGGUGUUGAGCCGCUCCGCUAGUGGAGAGAGCUCAGGAUCCCAGUCACCCGGGGGGGCGACCUCCAGCAGCCUGGGAGGCAACGGGGGGGGCAGCAGCAACAACAGCAAUGGAGCAAAAGCCUCAGCUGACGGCAAGACGCCCGCUUCCCAGGAGUCUCAGCUCAAUGCGAUGAAGCGGCUGCAGAUGGUGAAGAAGAAAGCAGCACAGAAGAAACUGAAGAAAUGAGGACGAAAAAGCCAGACACAAAUCCUGUUUUUCCAAUCAGAUACACUCGAGUUUGAACGCUGCUGGUCUUCCUCAAGCGGUUUGGCUUUGAGAAGUGCCUCAUUCUUUCUAAACCAGACCCAUUACUGAAAACAAGAUGCUCAUUUUAAUGACGUGUUUAAUAAAUAACACCUUUUUUAGAAAAAUGUUUUCUCGUUCUUUAAAG